AUGUCAGUAGAUCAAGAAUUAAUUGAAACUCAAAAGAAUUGGAUCCCAUUAGAAGCAAAUCCAGAAGUAUUAACAACAUUUAUGCAAAGUUUAGGAGUUUCUAAAGAUUGGGAAUUCUGUGAUAUAUAUGGUAUUGAUGAAGGUUUACUUGAAAUGGUACCAUCACCAUGUGUAGCUGUAAUUUUAUUAUUCCCAAUCACCAAUGAAUAUGAAGAUAAAAGAUAUAAAUUAGAGAAAGAGAUUGAAGAGAAAGGUCAAGUUUUAUCAGAUAAAGUUUAUUUUAUGAAACAAUAUAUUGGAAAUGCAUGUGGUACAAUUGGUGUGAUUCAUUCAGUAUUAAACAAUGCAAAUGUUAUUGAAUUUAAUGAAAAUGGUUUCUUUAAACAAUUUUUAGAUAAAACCACAUCACUUUCAACUGAAGAGAGAGCAAUCUCACUUUUGAAAAAUAGUGAAAUCGAAAAAUCUCAUGAAAUCUCUGCACUUCAAGGUCAAAGUAAUGUACCACAAGAAGAUGAACCUGUAGUUUUACAUUUUGUUUCAUUUGUUCAUGUUGAUGGACAUUUAUAUGAAUUAGAUGGUAGAAAACCAUUUGCAAUUAAUCAUGGUGAAUCAAGUGCUGAAACAUUAUUAAAAGAUACAGCUAAUGUUUUACAAAAGAUGAUUGAUGAAGAUCCAAAAGAAAUUAGAUUUAAUUUAAUGGGUUUGGUUAAAAAACCAAAUGAAGAAAGUGAGGAAGAAGAAGAAAAAGAAAAAGAAGAAACAAAAUAA